ACGUCGAACGUGUGCGCACUGACGUCACGGGCUGGAUGCAGCUGCCAUGGCGACGGCGUGAGGCGGCUUCUCUGGUUCACGGCGGCGGAGGCCUCGGACUAGGGACCGAGUGGCAAUGGCUUCUCUGCGGAAAGGGACGCUGCGGGUGGUGCAGGUGACCGCCGACAGCCUGCAGGGCCAGGUCGAUGCCUUACUAAAGAAAGUUAAACAUCCUGAAAAAAGAGAGGAAGCUUAUGAGAGUUGUAUUCAAAUAAAGCAAUCUGUUGAUGGAACUUUGGACGUUCUUCGGAAGUUGAAGAAGGCAAAUGAACUAACUCAUAUAAAUAAUUACGAUCAGCGGAAGCGAGCUGAGGAGAGGCGAUUGACAGGCAUGUCAGAACUGCUUCAAGAACUUGCUCGGAGACUAGAAAAAGAGCGUCUUAAGCAAAAAAUGGCUGAAGCUGAUAAGAACACAAAGGACAUGGCCACUGCAGCAAAACAGAGAACUAAGAGUGAUGAGGAUGAUGAAGAUGCAGAGGAAGGUGAGGAAGAGGAAAGUGAUAACGAUGAAGAUGAGGAAUCUGAUGGAGAUCAAGACACCACUAAACUAUUUGUUACAAUCAGUGACUUUCAGGCUCAGGAAGAACAUGAUCUGUCUUUUAAGAAAGGUGAAGUUAUAACAAUCCUUAAUCAAAAACCUGAUGGAUGGUGGCUUGGAAUAAAUGCUCAAGGAAAGAAAGGUCUGGUCCCUAAAACUUAUUUACAGGUAUACAGCAAACAGAGUCAGGGAACACCAAAUAAUAUUGAAGAUGACGAUGAAGAGGAGGAUGACGAUGAAGAGGAGGAUGACGAUGAAGAGGAGGAUGACGAUGAAGAGGAGGAUGACGAUGAAGAGGAGGAUGAUGAUGAAGAGGUAGAUGAGGAUGAAGAGGAAGCUAAAAGACAACAUGUUAAAAGAAAAGUACAUGAAGUGCAGAGUGAAGAAUCACGAUCACACAGGUUGGCUGUCAAAAAAGUUGUUUCAGAGAUUACUGCUGUCGAUAUGCUAAUGGAAAAGGGAGCCAUUCCAGAAGGAUUCAGAGCAUCUACUCUUGCACAGCUAUUAGCAGAAGGAAACAAAUUCCGCAUGAGUUACUUUCUGCAGCCUACGUUAACACCAUCCAAGUUGUACUUUAAAGACCUUCACUGGGACCAAGCACAUGGUGGUGUCCGCCCGAGAAAGACGCACAUAGAACUGAUGUUUACUCUGUGGAGCUGUAAAAUGAUUCCUUUGCCGGGGUCUGGUGUCCAGGUGCUAAGCAGACAUGUUCGCUGCUGUCUUUUUGAUGGUCUAAAGGUUCUCAGCAAUAUACAUACCAUCAGAGCAACUUGGCAACCAAAGAAUCCCAAAACAUGGACCUUUUCUCCAAGAGUUACAGGUAUACUUCCCAGCCUGUUGGAUGGUGAAUGUUUUGUGAGGUCAAAUUCCCAGUCUCCUGAUAUUGGUAUUCUGUUUGAAGUGGGCAUUUCCUAUAUUUAUAAUUCAACGGGUCACCGAGGGGAGUUAAGCUGCGGCUGGGUUUUUUUGCCACUCUUUACUGCUGAUGGCACUGCUAUUCCCCACAGGACCUAUGAAAUUGUAUUAAAUGGUGGAACACCUUAUGAAAAAGGCUUGGAAGUGGAUCCAAUACUCUCUAGAAGAGCUAACUUUUUUGAACAGAUUAUGGUGUCCAGGAAGCAACCUAAACUCUUAGUGAAGCUGAAGUCGCCAUCUGGUUAUAUGAGACAUAACCUGAACUUGCUUCCAGAAACUCUGGUUGGUCCCAAGUGCUACAUCCACCUGUUGGCCUUUUAUCGACAAUUACUUGCAGAAGCCCUUCUUAAAGACAGAAUUAAUAUGCAAAGUGCUGAUCUCAUCUGUAACCCAGUGCUGGCAACGUUUUCAGAACUUGUGGAACAAACUGAUAUUGUAGAUGCUCUAAGGAGUGCGUGGUCUGAAAAGGAAUUAACUGUGAAACGAUCUGAGAAGAGAGAUGAAGAAUUUAUGAAGCAUUUAUUUGUCCAAGUGUACCAUGACAGUGUAUACCCUCUUCUUCGUUCUACAACUCUCCCAGCAAACAAAUGGGCUGAUGAGGAAGUUGAAAUUAGCCGAUGGAAGGACAUAGCUAAUUUUUUACAACAAACCCAAGAGAAAAAUGGCUCACUUUACAGCUUACUUUCUCCAGAGCAUGCCUAUCAUGUUUUUGAUAUUUCAGAAAUAAGCUAUGAUUUCCUGGGAGUGACUCAAAAGGCUGUUUCAUCAACAGAGCCACAAGCCUGUCUAUAAAUGAGAAUGGUAUUAUUUAAGGCUGGUCAUCAAACAUUUAAUAAUUGGGAGAAAGGGAAUGAAAAUAACCAAAGAUUGCCAUUUUAGUUUUAUCCUUAUAAGCUCAGUGACUGUUGCUAUGAUGGUGGUAUUUCUGCAUGAUUUUAAGUUGUCAAAGGGCUCUUUUCCCGCUAAGAUCUGUCCUGGUAUUUCACCAGGUACUGUUUGCAGGUAAUAUUUCUCUGUAUCCUUUUGUACUCUUUUCAAAUCCUCAUCCAUCCAUUUUAAAUUAUCUUGUUGUUUCUGCUGCAAUAGUCGCUGUUAGUAAUACCUUUCAUGUAAGAAAUAGGAGCAGGGUUAGACAAAUGGCCCCUUCGAACCUGCUCUGCUAUCAUCAAGAUCAUGCCUGAUCUACUUCAAUACCAUUUUCUGCACUGUUCCCAUAUCCAUUGAUUCCCAUAAUGUCCAGAGUUCUAUUGAUUCCUGUUUUUGAAUGAACUCACUGAGCUUCCACAGCCUUCCCAAUAUUCAUCGGUAAUUAGCAAAUAUUUGGCCAUAAACCUUCCCAAAACUUUUCAUUAUCUUAGAAACCUUUUUCAGAUUUCCUACUGAAACCAUCUCUGUUCCUUUGGGGGGUGGGGGGGGGGGUGGAGGAAUUUGUGAUUUUCUUCAUAAUUAUUACACCUUGCACAAAUUCUGUGUAAACUUCACCAUACUGUUUCUACUUUUUUUUUAAAGUCCAUCCUAUAAUAAUGUGCACUGAAGCUCAAUCUUGGUAAUGUAGGCAAAGUAGCAUCUUGUUCCACAUUUAUCCACAUUGGGAUUUGAACCUAUGACCAUUGGGUUGCUAGUUUAAAAUCAAAGCCAGUCAACUGCUACACGCAGACACAAAUUUGUAGCUGCACACGAUAAUAGAGGUAUGUUGUGUGACUGAGUAGACAAAUGACAAUUUAGUAUCUUAUGGAUGUAUUGUAAAAAUCAGAUACAAUGUUCCUUGUUUUUGAGAGGCCUUACUUAUAGAACCCUUGUAUUUAUUUUAAAAAAAAGAAAGCUUUGCUGGCACGUUUUAUAUUGACCAGGGAGUGCGAGAAUAUGAUAGUUCCUUGUUUCAAGCUUUUCAUCUUAAAAGUGUAUAUUUGUACAGUUGACUUUUUUACCAUAAGUAUGAAGGUACUUUGUGCACUUAGAUAAGUGAUGGCUGGUCUUUUAAGGAAUGUUAUAAAAAUUGUAAUGAUUAAAAUCAACAUAUUUGGGAGAAAAAAUGUUCUAUAUCCUUG